AUGGCGGCUGUAUCUACGCACUGUGCACACCUCCAUACCUCCGCAGAAUCCCAUAGCCUUGUUGCCAAAAGCAACAGCAGUAACAGUCUAUGCAUCUCAAGAGUUACAGUGAAAUUGUCAAAGCCUAAAGGAAGAUUCUUCGUUUCUGCUCAAACUGCCAAUGGAGAUAGCAAUAAUCAGCCCACCAACGGCACUGUUUCCAUUUCAGAUUCUGCGGGCGCCAUUUCCACGGCCUCCUCUAGACCAAAGGUGAAGCGCCACACAAUUUCAGUUUUUGUUGGUGAUGAAAGCGGAAUGAUAAACCGAAUUGCUGGAGUUUUUGCAAGAAGAGGGUAUAACAUUGAGUCCCUUGCAGUUGGACUGAACAAGGACAAGGCUCUUUUUACAAUAGUUGUGUCUGGAACCGAAAGAGUGCUGCAACAAGUUAUGGAACAGCUCCAGAAGCUAGUGAAUGUAUUAAAGGUUGAAGACAUCUCCAGGGAGCCACAAGUAGAACGGGAAUUAGUGCUCAUAAAAAUUAAUGCAGAUCCAAAGUAUCAAGCAGAGGUCAUGUGGUUGGUGGACAUUUUUAGGGCAAAAAUUGUGGACAUCUCUGAUCUGUCGUUAACAAUCGAGGUUACAGGAGAUCCUGGAAAAAUGGUUGCAGUACAAAGGAAUUUAAGUAAAUUUGGAAUCAGGGAGAUUGCCAGGACUGGAAAAAUUGCCUUGAGAAGAGAAAAGAUGGGGGAAUCUGCUCCUUUUUGGCGGUUCUCGGCAGCUUCGUAUCCAGAUCUUGAAGGAAGUAGGCCGGUUGAUACAGUUCCAAGUUCUGUAAAGAGAACACCUGAUGUAGUAUCUGAAUCGUCUAAUGGGGGAGAUGUUUAUCCUGUCGAAGCAGCCAAUGACAUUUCAUUCAAUCAAGUUCUUGAUGCUCACUGGGGUGUGCUGAAUGAUGAAGAUACAAGUGGUCUUCGUUCUCACACUCUUUCAAUGCUCGUUAAUGAUGUUCCUGGAGUUCUUAAUCUUGUCACAGGGGUUUUUUCUCGGAGAGGAUACAAUAUUCAGAGUUUAGCCGUUGGUCAUGCUGAAGUUGAGGGCAUUUCUCGCAUAACUACUGUUGUUCCUGCUACAGAUGAAUCAAUUAGCAAGUUGGUGCAACAACUUAAUAAACUGGCGGAUCUUCAUGAGGUUCGGGAUCUUACGCAUUUGCCUUUCGCUGAGCGGGAAUUGAUGUUGAUAAAAAUUGCUGUGAAUGCUACUGCUCGACGCAAUGUUCUUGAUAUUGCCAGUAUUUUUAGAGCCAAAGCUGUUGAUGUCUCUGAUCACACUAUAACUAUUGAGCUUACCGGGGAUCUCAACAAGAUGGUUGCUUUACAAAGAUUGUUGGAACCUUACGGCAUUUGUGAGGUGGCUCGAACUGGAAGAGUGGCACUGGUACGGGAGUCUGGUGUUGAUUCAAGGUACCUCCGUGGGUACUCUUACCCAUUUCCAUCCUUGGCCAUUGCAGUUACAUACAAUGUGUUAAAGUUUGGAGCUAAACCCGACGGCGUAACCGACUCGACCGUUGCUUUCUUGAAAGCAUGGUCUGCCGCUUGUGGUUCCCCAAAUCCAGCCACAAUCUAUGUACCAUCAGCAGGAAAAUACUUGCUUAAGAGUGCUCAGUUUAGAGGGCCAUGCAAAAACAAAGCCAUAACCGUUCAUAUUGAUAGCACCUUAGUGGCUCCUUCGGAUUACAGUGUGAUUGGAAAUAAUGGUAAUUACUUGCUUUUAUUUGAGAGAGUUGAUGGGAUUUCAAUUCGUGGUGGCACUCUUGAUGGCCAAGGAAGUGGCUUGUGGGCUUGCAAGAAAUCUGGCAAGCAUUGCCCGAGUGGCGCAACGACAUUGGGAGUUUCCAACUCGAAACAUGUGGAAAUUACUGGAUUGACAUCUCUAAAUAGCCAAAUGUUCCACAUCGUAAUCAAUGGAUGCCAAGACGUGAAAGUACGAGGAGUGAAGAUUUUGGCCCCAAGAAAUAGCCCAAACACCGACGGUAUUCACGUGCAAUUUUCAAUAGGUGUAACAAUAUUCAGCUCUAGAAUCGGCACCGGUGAUGAUUGUAUCUCAAUCGGGCCAGGCACCACUGAUUUGGUCAUCCACAAUGUUGCUUGCGGCCCUGGCCAUGGCAUCAGUAUCGGAAGCCUAGGCAAGGAUUAUCUAGAAGUCGGUGUACGAAAUGUAACAGUUAAGAAUGUUACAUUUAAGAAUACACAAAAUGGUUUAAGGAUAAAGACAUGGGGGAGGCCAAGCACUGGAUUUGUAAAGGGUGUUCUAUUCCAGCAUGCCAUCAUGGACAACGUGCACAAUCCUAUACUAAUUGACCAAAAUUACUGCCCACAUAACAAAAACUGCCCUGGAAAGGUUUCAGGUGUAAAAAUUAGUGAAGUUACAUACAGAGACAUCCAAGGUACGUCAGCAACUCAAGUGGCAGUGAAGUUUGAUUGUAGCAAGACAAAUCCAUGUCGACAAAUAAAGUUGGAAAAUGUAAAACUAACUUACAGAAAUCAACAAGCUCGAGCAUCGUGUGCUAAUGCUGCCGGGACAACUGCCGGUUCAAUCGAGCCCACCAGCUGUUUGUACUGA